GCAAGGUACGCAGAAGCAAGAUGCGCAGAAGCAAACUACGCAUAAACAAGAUGUGCAGAAGUAAUAUACACAUAAGCAAGAUGCGCAGAGCGAAUAUAUGCAGAAAUAUUUACGCAAUGAUUAGUUAUGCUCAAUUCACACGUCUUAGCAUCAAGAAUAAAUAUUAACAAAUCACUCGAUAAACAAAUGCAUAAAUAAAUAUAGAUAAUCAAUAUAAUUGAUAAGAAUAAAUUAUUACAUUUAAUUGUUACGAAAAAAAAACAGCAGGUUGUAUUAACAUUACGAUCAUUCUAUUAAAACAAAUUAGAGGUUAGUCGAUAUACGUAUGUAUGUAAAUUCAUGUUAGAUUUCAUCAUAUAAACUCCAUAACCUCUCUUCAAUGCUGUAUAUUUAAUAUCUUAAGAGUGCAGAAAGGAUAUAUAAUAUAAAAUAGUGAAAAAGGAACAAAUAAAAGAAUGCGGUGUGUUAUGACAAUUAAAAGUAAAUUAUUACCGGUAUUUCGUCAUAAUGCGACGAUUUGUCGAUCGUUUUACAGAAAUCAUCAUUUAGAUACUCGCAAUGUAUUACCGGUUUAUAUUAAACCACAAUUUCCUCGAAUAGAACUUCGUAAUCAAAGCUAUGGAAUAUUGAGUCGAAAUAUUCGAAAUCGUAGAGAAUGCACAGCUAUUUUAUCUGUCAGAUUAUUUUCAUCUAAGAAACCAGAUAGACUUCCUCCAAAUGAAAAUGAUGCAGAACAAUCGGAAGACUAUUCAGCCACUUUACCUGCUACGGUGGUUGUGCCAGAAGUAUGGCCUCAUGUACCGGUUAUUGCCAUCAAUAGAAAUCCUGUUUUUCCUAGAUUUAUUAAACUUAUAGAACUUUCUAAUCCUAUUCUUAUCGAUUUAAUACGUAGGAAGGUUAAAUUAAAUCAACCUUAUGUUGGAAUAUUUUUGAAGAAGAAUGAAGAAAACGAAUCGGAGAUUGUACAAAAUCUUGAUGAUAUUUAUUCCGUUGGUACGUUUGCCCAAAUUCAUGAAGUACAAGAUUUAGGAAAUCGUUUAAGACUUGUAAUAAUGGCGCAUAGAAGGAUUAAGAUUGUUGGACAAAUAUUCGAAGAUGUUGCUGCGAUGCAACCAGUGCAUGACGAUACUAUGACUGCUGGUAAAGUGAGCCGUAGAUCUGCACAACGCAAUAAAAAAUCAGAGAAGAUAUCUGGAUCGACAGAAAAUAUAGAUAAUUCUACUGUAGUAGAAAAUAUCAUAAAAGAUAAACUGCCAUUGGAACAAAAACAAACAGAGCUCUCUCCUGAAUCAACGACAACUACAACAACAACAACAUCAUCAUCAGAUUCUCAGCCGAUUGUAAUGGUAGAAGUUGUAAAUGUAACGCAUGAAAAAUUUAAACAGACCGAAGAAAUUAAGGCACUUACACAAGAAUUAAUUAAAACUAUUAGAGAUAUUAUAAGUAUGAAUCCUCUGUAUCGAGAAUCUCUGCAACAAAUGCUUCAUCAAGGACAAAGGGUGGUUGACAAUCCAGUUUAUCUCAGUGAUCUUGGUGCUGCUUUAACAGGAGCAGAUGCACAAGAAUUGCAACAAGUGUUAGAGGAAAUGGAUAUUCUUAAAAGAUUGAGAUUAUCGCUUGCGCUAUUAAAAAAAGAAUACGAAUUAAGUAAACUGCAACAAAAGAUUGGUAGAGAAGUCGAGGAAAAAGUAAAACAACAACAUAGAAAAUAUAUAUUGCACGAGCAGUUAAAAGUCAUUAAGAAAGAAUUAGGUUUAGAAAAGGAUGAUAAAGAUGCAAUAGAAGAAAAAUAUAGGGAAAAAAUAAGACAAAAAACUGUUCCCAAACCGGUUAUGGAUGUGUUAGAAGAAGAAUUAAAUAAAUUAAGUUUCUUAGAGAGUCAUAGUAGUGAAUUUAAUGUUACAAGAAAUUAUUUAGAUUGGUUAACUUCAAUGCCUUGGGGUAUAACUAGUCCAGAAAAUUUAAAUUUACAACAAGCUGUAGAAAUCUUAGACGAAGAUCAUUAUGGAAUGGAAGAUAUCAAAAAAAGAAUACUUGAAUUUAUUGCUGUUAGCCAAUUGAAAGGUUCAACUCAGGGCAAAAUAUUAUGUUUUCAUGGUCCACCUGGUGUAGGAAAAACAUCAAUAGCUAAAUCGAUAGCUCGAGCACUUAACAGAGAAUAUUUCAGAUUUAGUGUUGGAGGAAUGACAGAUGUUGCAGAAAUUAAAGGACAUAGAAGAACAUAUGUAGGAGCCAUGCCUGGCAAAGUUAUUCAGUGCUUGAAAAAGACACAAACUGAAAAUCCAUUAGUGUUGAUAGAUGAAGUAGAUAAAAUUGGAAAGGGACAUCAAGGAGAUCCUGCAUCUGCUCUUUUAGAAAUGUUGGAUCCAGAACAAAAUGCAAACUUCUUAGAUCAUUAUUUGGAUGUUGCAGUUGAUCUAUCAAAAGUUUUGUUUAUAUGUACGGCGAAUGUAGUUGAUACUAUUCCAGAACCUCUUAGAGAUCGAAUGGAAAUGAUUGAAAUGUCUGGUUAUGUAGCAGAAGAAAAACUUGCAAUAGCUAAACAAUAUUUAAUACCACAGGCUAUGAACGAUUCCGGACUUAAUGAUACACAUAUCAAUAUGCAAGACAAUUCACUUACAUCUUUGAUUAAAUAUUAUUGUCGAGAAUCAGGAGUUAGAAAUCUUCAAAAACAUAUUGAAAAAAUUCACCGCAAAGUGGCUUUUAAAGUUGUUAAAAAGGAAAUAGACAAAGUUGAUAUUACCGCAACAAAUUUACACGAGUUUGUAGGAAAACCAGUAUUUACACAAGAUAGAAUGUAUGAAGUUACACCACCAGGUGUAGUCAUGGGUCUUGCAUGGACUGCCAUGGGAGGUUCGACAUUAUUUAUAGAAACAGCUGUUCGAAAGCCUGUAAAUGCAAGUAAGAUGGAGGGUACAUGCGAAUCAACUGGUCAUUUAGGAGAUGUUAUGAAAGAAUCAAUACAUAUAGCAAUGACAGUAGCUAGAAACUUUUUAAAACAAGAAGAUCCAUCUAAUACAUUUUUAUAUGAUUCUCAUAUACAUUUACAUGUUCCUGAAGGAGCUACUCCUAAAGAUGGUCCAAGUGCGGGUGUUACUAUUGCAACAGCAUUAAUUUCUUUAGCUAAAAAUCAAGCUAUUAGACAAGAUGUUGCUAUGACAGGUGAACUUAGUUUAAUAGGAAAGGUUUUACCUGUUGGUGGUAUUAAAGAAAAAACAAUAGCGGCAAAAAGAGUAGGCGUUAAUUGCAUAAUAUUACCAGAAGAAAAUAAAAAAGAUUUCAAUGAUCUACCAAAAUACAUAACAGAUGGUCUUGAGGUUCAUUUUGCUUCAACAUUUGAAGAUGUUUAUCGUAUAUGUUUUCUAGGACAGAAAGCUCCAACUAUUGAUAAUGAUGAAACAUUUUCAAAUCAUGUGUCAUCCAAACAACAAGCACCUUUACAUGGUCAAGAGAAUUGCUUAUGAAUAUAUCAUAGGUUUGUAUUUUGUAUAUCUGUUGCACUCUCUUAUCGCGAUUCAAUUUUAUAUAAUGUGUUUCUGACAUUAAUGCAAAAAUUGCAGUAUAUUCAAAAUAAGAGAUAUUCAAUGAUAAUUGAGCCCCUGGCAAGUUCGUCUUUCGUUAAAAGUUGAAUUGGUCAUUAUUACUUGAUCUUUUUAAAUGCAAUUUUAAAACAUGUAUAAAUAUUAAAAUGUGACAGAUGUUGACACUAUAUUGGCAGAUGGUAAAAUUAUAAAAAAAAAAAAAACAACAGAACUAGUUUGUUUCGCGUUAUAGAUUUUUAUAAUUAAUAUAU